CUCCUGAACAGUUGGCGGCGGUAUUGAUCACCAGCUCGUCGUAGCUCUUCUUCUCUCUUCCACGCCGCCGUGUGGUUCUUGUUGGGCUAGCGUGCUCCUCGGUGUCUGAAGCAGUGCACCUUUGUGGAAGAAGGAUUUCACAUGAUGGCGUUAAACCUCACAAUCAACGCGAGCAAUCCGCCUCUGGGAGCACUGCUGACCGCAGAGCAUGUGAAGGGCGUUGUGCAGGUUUCGGUGGAGGAAGGCAAAGACACACAGCUUCACGUCUCAGAUUCUCUCCAGUUCAAUGAUGUGAACUCUAUCAGUCGGUACUUGGCCCGGGUGGCUCCCGCUCUUGGCCUCUACGGAGCCAACAUGAUGGAGCAGACUGAGGUCGACCACUGGUUGGAGUUCAGUGCUCGCUGUCUGUGUGGUCCGAUCAUCUUGAGCAAAGCACUGGGGGAGUUGCAUAAGGCCCUUUCCCUGCGGACCUUCCUGGUUGGACAUUCCCUCACCCUGGCUGACUUGUCCGUCUGGGCCGCCCUGAAAGGUCAUGCAGGAUGGCCAAGCCAGGGCGAAUCCUUCGCCCACGUCAAUCGCUGGUUCUCUUUCCUGAGCACGCAGGUUCCCUUCACCGCUGUGGGAAACAAGUAUGCCAGUAAAAAAGCUCCAUUAAGCAAAUCCAGCUCGGAUGACAAGAAGCAAGAUGUUGGGAAGUUUGUGGAUUUGCCAGGGGCUGAGAUGGGCAAAGUGGUGGUUCGAUUCCCUCCGGAGGCCAGUGGAUACCUGCACAUUGGCCACGCCAAGGCUGCUCUGCUCAACCAGCACUAUCAGAUCACAUUCAAAGGCAAGCUCAUCAUGCGCUUCGACGACACCAACCCCGAGAAGGAAAAGGAAGACUUUGAGAAGGUGAUCCUGGAAGAUGUUGCCAUGCUCCAGAUCCACCCGGACCAGUUCACUUACACCAGCGACCAUUUCACCACCAUAAUGGGAUUUGCGGAGCAGAUGCUGCGGGAAGGCAAAGCCUACAUCGACGACACGCCGCCUGAGCAGAUGAAGCUGGAGAGGGAGCAACGCACCGAGUCCAAAUGCAGAAAUAACACGGUGGAGCAGAACAUGAAGAUGUGGUCGGAGAUGAAAGCUGGGUCAGUGAGCGGUCAGACUUGUUGCAUGAGGGCCAAGAUCGACAUGAACUCAAACAACGGGUGCAUGAGAGACCCCACCCUCUACCGCUGCAAGAACACUCCUCACCCUCGCACCGGAAGCGCCUACAAAGUCUACCCCACGUACGACUUUGCCUGUCCCAUCGUGGACAGUUUGGAGGAUGUGACGCACGCCCUCAGGACCACCGAGUACCACGAUCGCGACGAGCAGUUCUACUGGAUAAUCGACGCGCUGCGCCUCAGGAAGCCCCACAUCUGGGAGUACGCCCGGCUCAACCUCAACAACACGGUCCUUUCCAAGAGGAAGCUCACCUGGUUUGUUGACCAGGGAUUCGUCGACGGAUGGGAUGACCCUCGGUUCCCCACAGUCAGAGGAGUCUUGAGGAGGGGCAUGACCGUCGAGGGUCUGAAGCAGUUCAUAGCAGCCCAGGGUGGCUCCCGGUCAGUGGUGAACAUGGAGUGGGACAAGAUCUGGGCCUUCAAUAAGAAGGUCAUCGACCCGGUAGCUCCCAGGUACACGGCUCUGUCCGGCUCCUACGUGGUUCCCGUCUCCGUCUCUGAGGCGACGGAGGAGAUGAAGGAGGUGGCCAAACACCCAAAGAACGCAGAGGUGGGCAUGAAGGAGGUUUGGUACGGACCUCGAGUUCUGGUUGAAGGAGCUGAUGCUGAGACCUUCUCAGAGGGAGAGAUGGUCACCUUCAUCAACUGGGGCAACCUCAUCAUCACCAAGAUCAACAAAGGGGCCGAUGCCAAGGUGGUCUCCCUGGAGGCUCGUCUGAACCUGGAGAACAAGGACUACAAGAAGACCACGAAGAUCACGUGGUUGGCCGACACCAACAGUGCCCCCCUGCUGCCCACCAUCUGCAUUAUCUACCUGCCUCUCAUCUCCAAGGCCGUCAUCACCAAAGACGACGACUUCAAGGAGUACAUCAAUAAAAACAGCAAGCUGGAGGAGAAGAUGCUUGGCGAUCCUUGUCUGCAGAGCCUGAAGAAAGGUGACAUCAUCCAGCUCCAGAGGCGGGGCUUCUACAUCUGUGAUCAGCCUUAUGAGCCUGUCAGUCCUAACAGCUGUAAGGAGAGUCCGUGUGUGCUGCUCUAUAUUCCUGAUGGACACACCAAGGAGAUGCCCACUGCCGGAUCCAAGGACAAGAGCAAGAGCCAGGCUUCCAGCAAAGCACUUGCGUCGAACCCCGCCAAAGCCGCCUCGCCCUCAACCCCAGCACCUGCACCAACAUCUGCCCCAACAUCAGCCAGUGACUUGUUCUCGGGCAUCGUAGCACAAGGUGAAGCUGUCCAGCAACUGAAGGUUGCCAAGGCUCCCAAAGAAGAAGUGGACAAGGCAGUUCAGCUGCUGCUCUCUCUAAAGGCACAGUUCAAGCAGCAGACAGGAACGGACUACAAGCCGGGUAUGGCUCCUCCCACCUCUGCUCCAGCCCCGCCCCCCACAUCAACAGACUCCACCUCUUGUCCAUUCACCCAAGUUACAGAGCAGGGCGAGCUGGUCAGGAAACUGAAGGCAGAGAAGGCCCCAAAGGAUCAGAUCGACGUAGCAGUGAAGAAGCUCCUCGCUCUCAAGACGGAGUUUAAAAAGUUGACCGGUCAAGAUUACAAACCUGGAAUGGCCCCUUCGGCUCCUGCUUCCUCCUCUGCUGCAUCUCCUGCGACCUCUUCCUCUCCUUCCUGCGCUUCUUCGGGCCUGUAUGACCGUGUUUCACAACAGGGGGAGACUGUGAGGAAACUGAAGUCUGAAAAAGCCCCCAAGGACCAGGUAGACGCUGCAGUGAAACGACUGCUUGCCCUGAAGGCCGAAUACAAACAGGUCACAGGCCAGGAGUACAAGCCUGGAGCGGCGCCGGCCCAGAAAGCCUCUGCGCCGGCCCAGAAAGCCCCUGCGCCGGCCCAGAAAGCCCCUGCGCCGGUCCAGAAAGCCCCUGCGCCGGUCCAGAACAGUCCAAGCUCUGCCUGUGAUGCCACCGGCCUGUACGAGAAGGUCUCUGAGCAGGGAGAAGUAGUCAGGAAACUGAAGGCGGAGAAGGCGUCCAAGGACCAGGUGGACGCUGCGGUGAAGCAGUUGUUGGCGCUGAAGACUGAGUUUAAGAAGCAGACCGGGCAGGAUUACAAACCUGGACUACAAGCCCCGGGUAGUCAGGCACAGACCCAGUCGACCAAGUCCGGCACUCCGGCGCCAGCAGAGGAACUGUUCUCCCAGAUUACCCAACAGGGAGAGCGAGUGAGAAAGUUGAAAUCUGAGAAGGCCCCCAAGGACCAGAUAGAUGAAGCCGUAAAGACUCUCCUGGACCUGAAGAGCACGUACAAGACGCUUACUGGACAGGAGUACAAGCCAGUGGCCGCCGCUGGAGCCACCGGAGGAGAGGACAAAAACCGCAAGGAGAGGGAGAACAAGUCUGAGAAACAGGGAGGAGGAGGAGGAGGAGGGAAGAAGGGUAAAGGAGACAAAGCCAACCAGGGCAAGGAGGCUUCGGGGGGAGCAGGAGGAGCAGGAGGCCCAGGAGACGGUCAAGGGCCUAAGAAACAAACACGGUUGGGCUUGGAGGCCAAGAAAGAAGAGAACCUGGCUGACUGGUACUCUCAGGUCAUCACCAAAGCGGAGAUGAUCGAGUACUACGACGUUAGCGGCUGCUACGUGCUGCGGCCCUGGUCCUACUCCAUCUGGGAGGCCAUUCAGGCCUUCUUUGACCGGGAGAUCAGGAAACUGGGCGUGGAGAACUGCUACUUCCCCAUGUUCGUGUCUCAGGCCGCCCUGGAGAAGGAAAAAAGCCACAUAGAGGACUUUGCUCCAGAGGUUGCCUGGGUCACCAGGUCAGGAAAGACCGAGCUAGCGGAGCCCAUUGCUGUCAGACCCACCAGUGAGACAGUGAUGUACCCCGCCUUUGCUAAAUGGGUCCAGUCCCACAGAGACCUGCCAAUCAAAGUCAACCAGUGGUGUAACGUCGUGAGAUGGGAGUUCAAGCACCCGCAGCCCUUCUUGAGGACGAGAGAGUUCCUGUGGCAGGAGGGACAUACGGCCUUUGCCACCAAAGAGGAGGCGGAAGAGGAGGUGCUCCAGAUCCUGGAUCUGUACGCCAGGGUGUACGAGGAGCUGAUGGCCAUCCCCGUGGUGAAGGGGAGGAAGACGGAGAAGGAGAAGUUUGCCGGGGGAGAUUACACCACCACUGUGGAGGCGUAUAUCUCUGCCAGCGGCCGAGCCAUUCAGGGUGCCACGUCUCACCACCUCGGUCAGAACUUUGCCAAGAUGUUCGAGAUCACGUUUGAGGAUCCGAAGAAGCCGGGCGAGAAACAGCUGGCUUUCCAGAACUCCUGGGGACUCACAACCAGGACUAUCGGCGUCCUCACCAUGGUCCACGGAGACAACAUGGGACUCGUACUGCCGCCCAGGGUGGCCUGCCAACAGGUCGUCGUCAUCCCAUGUGGGCUCACUGUCUCCCUGCCGGAGCAGGAGAAGGAGGCGGUGUUGGCCCAGUGCUCUAAAUACGUGAACAGGCUGCAGGAGGCUGGUGUCAGAGUGAAGCCGGACCUCCGAGACAAUUACUCCCCAGGAUGGAAGUUCAACCACUGGGAACUCAAGGGAGUUCCUAUCCGCCUGGAAGUGGGUCCUAAGGAUAUGCAGCAGCGUCAGUGCGUCGCUGUGAGGAGAGACUCCGGUGCAAAGGUGACCAUUCCAGAGGCAGAGGUGGAGAAGAGGCUGGUCGCCAUGUUGGAGGACAUCCAGAACAGCCUGUUCAAGAAAGCUUCAGACGACCUGAAGCGCAACAUGGUGCCUGCAGACACGAUGGAGCAGUUCCAGAAAGAGUUGGAGCAGAACAAGAUUGUCCAGAUCCCGUUCUGUGGAGGAAUCGACUGCGAGGAUUGGAUAAAGAAAACCACUGCCAAGGACCAGGACCUGGAGCCUGGUGCGCCGUCCAUGGGAGCCAAGAGCCUCUGCAUCCCCUUCUCACCCCUGAAGACUCUGCAGCCCGGUCAGAUGUGUGUCAGCGGCAAGGAGCCCGCCAAGUAUUACACCCUGUUCGGACGCAGCUACUGAACACCUGCUCUGCCCGAGCACGAGGACAGCGUACUAGAAAAGGGCUCUCCUGCCUGCUCUGCUUGAUUUCUUGUUUUUGUCUGAUCUCUGUUGGCAUAUAGGGGUAUGAGCUGACUGGACUGUGGUAUUGGAUUGGGAAGAUGUUUUUUUAUCUACAUAUGUUAACAUAGGUUUAUAACUAAUCUGGAAAAAUAGUUUACUUUUUGAAUUCCGUUCCGAGAAAAUGGUUGUUUCCGCUGCUCUCCCACAUGGCUCAAUACUCUUCAAAGGUCAUAAAAAAAGAACACUUACUGUCCUGCAGGGGUUUGUAUUGGUGGUUUGUAUUUGCAUCAGCGGGAAACACUAGGGAAAUAUGUAAUAUCUACUAUUUCAAAAUAGUUUAUUUCCCUACUCACCGCUGUCAAGCUGGUAUUAGUAAAUGUGUCUGUCAAAACUUACAGAUUCAGGGGAUAUUCCCUUCACCUUUUUGAAAUUUGUAAAAUGAACAUACUUUCUGUUGCCGUCUGGGGAAAAUGACUGUGUGCUAACAGUCCCAUCUACAGUCCCAGGCUUGUAGAUGUGGUGUUAUUCUAAGACGGCUUUUAUCAGCUGUGCUCUCUAUGGCUGUUUACAGUACAUGGUUUAUGAUGAUUAUUAUUAUUAUUAUUAUUAACUCCUCACUAACCCAAUGACGAUAAUGUGUGUGCAAGUGAUUAUGGUAAAUAUAAUGUAUUUACCUGACCAGUUAUUUCCAAGUCCAACUGGCCUACAUUGUUUUUGAUCUAUAAUAAAUAUGGGUGAUUAUGAACCAGGACAUGACAAGCCGGCUGAGUUGGUUGUUGUUUGUUUUAGAGGGCAGUGUCAGGAAAAACAAAUGUUACAUGUUUAAAAUUGGUAAGGCAAAGAAUGUAGGGAUGCAUUAGAAAGGCUAAGAUUACUUUUUUUUUUUUUUUACAUAAUUCUGAUUGAGAGAUAAAAACGGGCACUUCUGUUUUCAUUUUCAAAAUAAAAUCCUUGGCACGUA